ACAACGAAAAUGAGUGGCCGCGGAAAGGGAGGUAAAGGACUCGGAAAAGGAGGCGCUAAGCGUCACCGUAAGGUUCUCCGUGAUAACAUCCAGGGUAUUACCAAGCCCGCGAUCCGCCGCUUGGCUCGCCGUGGUGGUGUGAAGCGUAUCUCUGGGCUCAUCUAUGAGGAGACUCGCGGAGUGCUUAAGGUUUUCCUGGAGAACGUCAUCCGUGACGCCGUUACCUACACCGAGCACGCUAAAAGGAAGACCGUGACCGCCAUGGAUGUGGUGUAUGCCCUGAAGAGACAAGGCCGUACUCUGUACGGUUUUGGAGGUUAAAUGGACAGACGAACUGAAACACCAACGGCUCUUUUAAGAGCCACCCACAUAUGAUAAAGCGCUAACUUUCUCCUAGUCACAAUUAAACCAACAAUAUUGCACAACAAGGAAAAACGACUUCGGAGCUGUCUGUGGGUCUCCUUCAUGUAUGUUUAUGGUGUAAUGUUGAGCCUGGGCCUCUGAUUGUAUACCUUGACCAACUUUCAGCUAAUCAGAAGUCAGCAGAUUCCUUCUUUAAUGUAAAGAAAAGUAAGAUCCAAAUUAAACUUUUGGACAUUUGACCAAACAAUUUGAGCACCUGUAAAACCAAAGGAUGUAAAAUGUUUGUCGUACAAUACUCACAUCAAACUAAGCAGGGAG